AUGGCAGCAGGCACCGGUGCCUGCCUCCCACAUGGUCGUUGGGCUUUUAGCCAAAGCAGCUGGUUACUUAUAAACUGGUGGCGAUCAGUGGCGUGGUGGCAGGGCUGGAGGCAGGCGUCCAGCCGCGCGGCGCCGGCGGUGCCGGUGCCGCCGGGGCACAGCUUCCGCAGGGUGACCCUCACCAAGCCCACCUUCUGCCACGGCUGCACCGACUUCAUCUGGGGGCUGGCCGGGUACCAGUGCGACGUUUGCAACUUCAUGUCUCAUGAAAAGUGCCUCAAGAAUGUGAAGAUACCAUGCUCAUGUAUUGCUCCAAGUCUUGUAAGGGUUCCAGUUGCACACUGUUUUGGGCCUCCAGGACAUUAUAAAAGAAAGUUUUGCACUGUGUGCAGAAAGUCACUAGAUUCACCUGCCUUUCGAUGUGAAGUUUGUGAGCUACAUGUGCAUACCGAUUGUAUCCUGUUUGCUUGUAGUGACUGCCGGCAGUGUCACCAGGAUGGGCACCAGGACCAUGAUACAUACCACCACCAUUGGAGGGAGGGAAAUCUCUCUUCAAAUGCUCGUUGUGAAGUCUGCAAGAAAACCUGUGGCUCCUCUGAGGUGCUGUCUGGCAUGAGAUGUGAAUGGUGUGGCAUUCUGGCACAUGCUGCUUGCUACAUAAUUGUCAGACCACAAUGUACUUUUGGAAGAUUAAGGAAUAUGAUUCUUCCUCCAAGCUGCGUGCGAUUAUGUUCUCGCAACUUUAGCAAAUUGCACUGCUUUCGAAUAUCGGAGAACUUGCAAACAGAACCAGAUGAAGAUGAUGAUGUUGAUGGAUCAACACAGGGAUUAGCAAAGGAUGUCCAAAUUUCAGCAGAUUCAAGUAAACAAACAUUAAAGAUAUUUGAUGGGAAUGAUGCAGUGAAACGCAAUCAAUUUCGGCUGAUUUCGGUUCCAAGGAUUGCAAAAAAUGAAGAAGUUGUGGAAGCUGCUUUGAGGGCAUACUACAUAAAUGAUGAUCAGCAGGAGUAUGAGCUCCAGACCUUUACGCAGCAGACCCUGUUAUCUGAUGACAUUAUUAACAGGAAUGAUGCUUUGGAAGACAGCAACAUGGGCUCAGUAUUCCGAGAAUCUGUUCCUGACGCAUGGAUCAUCAGAGCCAAACCGAAGGAUGAAGAAGUGAUCAGAAUUUAUCCUGCUUGGCUGAAGGUGGGAAUGGCUUAUAUUUCCCUACGAGUAAAUAAGGAUAGCACUACGCGGACUGUGAUCAAAGAAGUGCUUCCAUUGCUUGGAAGGCAGAUGGAGUCUGUUCAGAAUUUCAAGUUAGUUGAAGUGCUUAUGGGCAGUAAGCAAGUGCAGCGAAUGGUGUUGGACAAUCAGGAACUGAUCCUUAAUAGACUUAAGGACAUACGAAAGACUUCAAUACGUCAGAUGAAUCAAACAAGGUUUUACAUUGUGGAAAACAGUAAAUCCAUUGUUCGAGUAAAUUUAUUUGUUGGUGGGCUUCCCCCUCAGCUUUCUCCUGAAGAGUACACUAAUAUUCUCAAGGAUGAACUAGCAAUCAAAACAAAUGUAGUAUCCAUGACUCAUGUUUAUCAAGCACAAGGUGCUGUUGUACUUGAAAUUUCAUGUUUUGCUGAAGCUGAGCGAAUAUAUAUGCUAGUUAAAGAUACAACUGUCAAUGACAAGCCGCUGAAUGGUGUGGUGAUUCCUGAAGUUAUGGCUUCCAAGAUACCACAGGACUGCUGGCCUCUUCUUGUAUUUGUGAAUCCAAAAAGUGGGGGUCUAAAAGGCCGGGAUCUGCUGUACAGUUUUAGAAAGCUACUAAAUCCUCAUCAGGUUUUUGAACUUACUAAUGGUGGCCCAUUGCCUGGGUUUCACACAUUCUCUAAAAUCCCCUCUUUCCGAGUACUGGUAUGUGGAGGUGAUGGCACUGUUGGUUGGGUUCUUGGUGCACUUGAGGAGAUCAGACACAAGCUGGUGUGUUCAGAGCCCUCCGUUGCCAUCUUACCUUUAGGAACAGGUAACGACUUAGGGAGGGUGUUGCGCUGGGGAGCUGGCUACAGUGGAGAGGACCCCUACUCCAUUUUGAUUUCCGUGGAUGAGGCAGAUGAUGUACUUAUGGAUCGCUGGACUAUCCUUUUGGAUGCCGAAGAGCCUGUUGAAGGUGCAGAGAAUGGUGUGGCAGAACCUGAGCCUCCAAAGAUUGUUCAGAUGAACAAUUACUGCGGUAUUGGCAUCGAUGCAGAGUUGAGCUUGGACUUUCAUCAUGCUAGAGAAGAAGAACCAGGGAAAUUUAAUAGCAGGUUUCACAACAAAGGAGUUUAUGUGAAAGUUGGGCUGCAGAAGAUAAGUCAUACCAGAAAUCUUCACAAAGACAUAAAGCUUCAGGUGGACCAGCACGAGGUGGACUUGCCAAGUAUAGAAGGACUCAUUUUUAUUAAUAUCCCCAGCUGGGGAUCUGGAGCAGAUCUCUGGGGAUCGGACAGUGACAAUCGCUUUGAGAAACCGCGGAUCGAUGAUGGCUUGCUCGAGGUUGUUGGCGUGACUGGCGUUGUUCACAUGGGUCAAGUCCAAGGUGGUCUUCGAUCAGGAAUCCGCAUAGCCCAGGGCUCAUACUUUCGUGUAACACUCCUAAAGCCAAUUCCAGUUCAAGUUGAUGGAGAGCCCUGGAUCCAGGCCCCAGGCCAAAUUAUUAUUUCUGCUGCAGGACCAAAGGUCCAUAUGUUGAAAAAGUCCAAGCAGAAGCAGAAGAAAACUGGAAGUACGAGAGAGAUGAGAACAGAUAGCAUGUCAGUCACUGAAGGAGGACGCUAAAUGGAGACCUGUGGUCACCAUGGAUGCAGCACACCUACUGUAGAUAACCACAAUGCUUCAGUGAAACUGAGUGCAGACAACUAGUGAAGAAGGGUUGCUUAUGAGCAUGCCUUUCAUUACAUAAUGUAGUAUUGGAUUCUGCUUGGUUAUUCAAAGAUAGUGCCUCAUUGCUGCAAACACUUAUCUACCACUUGACUCAUCUAAAAUGUUUACUUUGGGUUGCUUUUCCAUAAACUAUUCCCCAGUUUUUAAUUUGUGGAAACUGAGGCUAAACACAGACUCCAAGAUGUUGAGAUUUCCACAUCUACUUUUACAAAAACUCUUCCUCUCUUUCCUAGCUUUUCCUUCAAGAAAACCAUUCUAUAGAUGCAUCUUGGUAUAUCAUUCCAUAAAUGAAAAUGUGUUCCUUUAAAUUUAUGUUCAUAGUAGCCUCCAAACCAAAAAAAGGCAAAGAGAUGAGCUGCUGAGGCCUUCUCAGAUCAGUCCAAAUAAUACAGCCGAAGCAGUGCUACCGUAGAAGAGAAAAAUAUAAAACGUAAGAGAUGAUUUCUAUAAAAGGAGCCCCAUACACUGGGGACAGAGAAUGUACUAGAACAGUUGAGUCAAAAUAUUUGAAUUUGGUUUCAAUGGUAUUUGGACAAUAUGAAUGAAGGGAAAAUAUCUUUUAGAGCAAGUUAUCAGCUACAGUUUAGCUUUUCCCACACUGAGUCAAAUCCUGCUUUUAAAGGCAUUUGAAUUUCACUGGUUACUACUCUAAAGUAAAAAAAAAAAGGAACAAGAAAACCAGAGGCAGUAUUAAUUAUACUGAUUUUCUAUCAUUGAGAAAUUGCCUUUGACACCAGACUUCUCUCCUUGUCUUUAAUUGUGUUACUUCAUGUUUACUUAUUUGUCAUAUGUUGGACUGUUAUUUAAAAGCAAACUUCAAAGACUAAAAGAACCAUCACUAAUUAAGGUAAAAGAAGUACUAUUUAGUGAUCACUGAAGUAAAUUAGGACAGUGAUAGGUUAAAGCUGAGCUGAAAUAGAGUGCAGUAGGCUUCAGAUGACUGGGAAUGUGAUAGUUGUGAACAGUCAUUUAUGUAGUGAGCCUUUACAGGUCCUUUGCAGCUGCUGUUCUUGCCAGCAAUUGUGGGGCAGGGAUUCAGUGACUGUCUCUUCCACUUGGAUGAAUGUGUGCUUUGAAGAGGUUGUCGCUCUUUCAGCUCCUUUGAGAUACGACUACCUCUCCUUGCUUACCUGCCUGCUGAAGAUGCUGGGAUCCAGUACUUUUUUCAUAGCUUUCUGCUAAAGAUUGGGGAUAUAGCAGACCUGUUGGUCCUGUAGAACACUACAUGUAUCUGCUGUCCAUGGCCAUGGUCAUGGUGGUCCUUACUAACUUCUCUGCUGGUCUCAUCUCAUCGGGGUUAUCAAGUGGCUGGACCCUUCACCCUUCACUCCAGAUCAACAUGAUAAACAAGGUUGCCCUCAGCCCGGUCAGUUACAGUGUGAGGAGCGUGUAUGCUUUUCCUGCUUGGGUGCAUUUGCUGCCUGGAACUGCUUAAGCUAUGCUGGCAUAUGCAUGGUAGUAACAAGCACAACUAUGGAUGGCAUGAAUUCAUCACUCAAAUGGCAGCUUUGGAAGCAUUCUUCUGGCCAGUGCAUCUAAACACAUCUCCAGCUGCUUCAGAGAACUUCAGUAAGACACUGAAGUGUGCAAACAUCAUGGUUUUGUGUUGCAGCUAAAUAUGUGCUGAGGCAACCCUUGCUGGAUCUACUUGAUCAGUGUACACUGUAAGCACAGUGCCAACUUCAGCAGCAUUUGAUCUUUACCUGUGUUUUACAUUUUCCAGUCACAGUACAGAUCAGGUGUCAAUGUGGGUGCUUUAAAACAGUCAUCUAUAGCAAUAGACAGAGCUAUAUGACUAAAGCUGUAGAGACAGGCAAAACAGCCAAGCAAGGAUGGCAUGAGCUGCCUGCAAUUUCUCCUUGCCGUCCAGUGAUUCUUGUUAUUAACAAGGUCUUACUGUUCUGGUAGAGGUGCGUUUGGAGAACUAAUACAUUUGUUUUCAGUGAAGUUUCCUAUUAAAUAUUUAAAUCAUUAAUUGUUAGGGGUGAUCUUUAUGGACUAUCAUAUGGGCUACAACUUACUCUUAUUGCACAUAUAAACUAGGCUCAUGCUAUGAAGAUGACUGUGUUAAUGGCACAGAGCUAAAGUACUCAUCUCUUAAUUACUAAACAUGGGGGAUUGUAUCUGCUUCAGAGCCUGGGCAGGAAUGGACUAACUGGAGCUCAUACAGCAUCCUGGUAUUGGCAUUACAAGUAGGAAGGGGCAAGUGUUGUAUUUCAGGGUAUGUCUUCUCAGGAUGAAGCUCCCAACUUAGGAAAUCUUAAAUAGAUUGCUGCUUAUAAUCCAGAAAGCCAAAGAAUCUGCUUUGUGUCUUUGGGAUAGCCGAAAGACUGCAUAAUCUUCUUACUGACUGCAGACUCUGUGAUGGAGAGGAAAAUUAUUGACUUUCAUUUACAGAAAAUAUUCAUAAAUUUAAAGUAAAGUAUUGGUACUGACCAUCCUCUGCAGCCCAAGUAAACAAACCCAUCUGAUUAGUUUUCCAGGCAUAUUGCAGCAACUGGCAGUAUUUUAUGUUCUUGGCUCGCUAAGGGCCGGACUGUCUUUCCCUAUCAGUCACUAUCUCGUAUUACAUGAAAUAAAAUGAAACUUUGGGGUCAGAGAGCUGCUGCUUGUAGCACAUCCUCCCGUUGGGGUUUUCCAUUCCUCGGACAUUGUACAAGCCUGUCUUAGGACAGCAUCGCAGUAGCUAUCUAGCUCUUGACCUUUCACUAGCAAAAGCAUGAAUGUGUUCUCACGGCUCCCAGAGAGGAUCCUAGUAAAGGGAAGGGAAAAGGGGGAAGGGCUUUUUCCUUUUCUCUUUUUACAGAAAGUGGCUCCCACGUGUUAUUUGAGGAGAUACGUGCCACAUUGGAAUGAAAUCUUGAGUAAAACACACUUGGCAUAUAGUAUCUCCCUUAGAUGAUUCUUGGUAUGUUGUGAAGACAAAGCAGAUUUCUGGGCAGUUGAGAUAGCCAUGUUCUUGUAAACAUUUUUAACAGAAAAAACUCUUGAACUGUGUUAAGACCUUCCAAUUUCAGGUACUGUAAAACACCAGUACACCAAGGAAAACAUACCUUUUCUGUGUGUGUUUUCAUCCAUUAUGUAUCUAAGAGGCACUAAGAAAUUUUUCCAUAAUAAUACAAGACUUUCUUGAAGAGAGGUCAUGACUCCUUGUAUUUAAACAUUCUGAGUUAGCAUUUACACUGAACAAUGUGACAGUAGUGAAAGUACUGGGGAUGAGGCUCAGUUUCGUCAAAACAGGUGUUAAGCAACAUCAGAGAUGUAGAAUCGGAGACCAUAAUCCAUAGCAUGCUCCUUGAUCCUCUCCCCACAGCCUUGCCUUUUUACCUCACCUGCAGACCACAGCAGGCAUACUUCAUACAACUAAUGUCUCUCUUGCUUAGAUACUAGAUCUUUCAGUAGUGUCCUUCUAGGCUUUGCCAGCAUAGGGGAGAGAAGGGUCCUGGAAGUCAUGGUGCAUAUCCCACUAUCACAAACAAGGAAAGGGAAGGUCAGUUGCUAAAAUCUGUUUUGAUGAAUAAAUGCACCAUCUCUGUCCUGAAUUAGGGCAACCUAAAUUUAAAAGAUUUUGGGGAUACAAAUACUACUUCAUUAAAAAUGUUGUUUUUUCUUUUGGCUUUUAGGCUUCAUUUGGCCAGUUUAAACUGCUGAUGCUCUUACUGCAUUGAUUUUUAAAUGAAACUGUAUAGAGUUAUUUUGCCGAAAACAUUUUAUUUAUAUGUUUUGCGUGUCUCUGUGUGUGUGUGUGUAUGUGUGUGUGUGUAUAUAAAAUAUAUGUAUAUAUAUACACAUACCUCUUAAAAAUAGGUUUUACUGUAUUUCUUUUUACAGUGCAUAUUUGUUUAGGUUUUGCUGUGCAGCAGUGUUCUGACAGCACUCACCCCUGGGUGUCUCUCUUUCCACUUUCAGACAGGAUGCUGACAGCUUGCUUACUUGCUGGUCCCAUUUAAGUUCCCAGCAUAUAUUUCUAAUGGGUAUGUACUUUCUAGCAAGACAUGAUGGUAAUGAAGUCAAAGCACAACUCUUUCGAAUGUAUUAUCUGCAUGUGUACACUUUGAGCUCACAUUGCUCUUUGGGGAUUUAAAUCAAAUCUUAAUGUGUUUAAAGUCAAUGGUAGCAUAUAAUGUAACGCUUUAAAAGUUAGAAGAAGCUAUAGCAUAGUUCAUUGCAAAAUGUAAAUAGGGAACAAAACCUGAAUGAGAUAUGAUAGACAAUUACUCAUUAAUCUUCACAGUUACCUUCUUCAAAGUAUUGUACAGGUUUGCAUUUCUUUAAAGAGCAAAUAAUGUGUUUGUUUUGAAUUUUAACUCUUCGGAAGUGAUGAGCAUUUACGCAUAUUUGGCAUAUAAAUGUGUCAUUACUCAAAUGAAGCCUCAUUGGUUUGAAGAGGUCAGAUUGAACUCUUGAGGCACUUUAGAAGGCUUAAAAUCUUGAGAUGUAGCUGGAUGGGUAUUUCAGAGGGUGCCAUAGUGGCACUAGCCUGUGCCCAUGUGCCAGGUGGCUGCCUGCCCAGGCUGCAGUUCUGAGGCUGAGGUCUGGCAUGGAUGUUGCUUCAGCCUGUGCUGUGCCUCCUACUUGCAACCUCUGCAGGCUCUGCGUUCUCCUCAGUGGCCAGGCUGCCCUCCUGCCUUCCAGGCCUAGUCUUUGCACUGAAGCGAUAACAAUAAUAUGAAAAGUGGCAGGAGCUGGUGGUCGGUGAUGGAGCUGCUGGCCUAAAACACCAGGGCAGCUGUUGAGCUUGAACCACCGAUUAUUUUCUACUUCCACCUCAGCCAUUUAACAGCUGUGCAGCUUGUGUUCAUGCUGGAGCCUUGGCUCAGUUUCAGGCUUUGGCCUUACACUGCGCCUGGAUCACUUCACAUACUUUUUGCACUUAACAGUAAAUGCAGGUUAGAUAUGCUUAGGGUGUGGCAAAACUGCAAUGUUUGUACUUUUGUAAAUAAGGGGAUGAUUCUUUCUACAAAUUUAAAGAUGCACUUUCAGGUUAUGAUGAAAAAAAGUCUGUAGAAAGCAACUGUUUAAACCUUCAGGAGUUGCACAGACUACAGUGUCCCUUUAUCCCCCUUUCUAAAACUACAUUCUCAUUUAAAGCCCUGUUUGGGAACAAGAGGAGAGGGUAUCUUCCCCACAUUGCAAUAUGUAUUUAUUUCUGACUGACUAAGAGUUCAUAUAUAUUUUUAAAGGUUACAAAUUGGCUGCUAUUUGAAGAAUUAGGAUUAUUAUACUGAUUUUAUAAUACAUAAUGUUAAAGUUUAUUUAUAAUGUCAACAUUUACUGAUUUCACACUUGGUUUGUAUGAGAGGUCUGACUUAAAAUCAUUUGUUCCUUUUGCUAUUUAGUAUAAUUUUUUGGAUUAACAGUGUAGCCAUUGUAUGUAUGGAAUGCAGUGAAUUGAAUGCAACUUACUAAAACUAUUUCUAAAUGUACAGUUAGACCAGCAGUUUCAAUGUUUACAAGACAGUGACUAUUGAUUGUAAACCCAUACAUGUCAGUUGAAACAGUGCACUCUUUUGUGUUUUGGAAGCACUGUUUCUGCUUCCUGUGACAGUUAAUAAAACAGUUGCCUUCUGGUUUAGACUCCUCACUAUGCCCCUUUGGAGAUACUUAGAUGUUGAUUAUGAGCUUUCUGCCAUGGACUUAAAGAACAGAAUUUGUACUGAUACAAGUGUUGUAUUGAACGUGUUUUCCUAAAGAUUGACUUUAUUUUUUGUGAAGAUAAUUUAUGAGAAUGGUUUUUAAGCAGUGUGUUGUUUUUGAAAAAAUUGGUCUGAAGUCUUGAAAUAAAUGUGUGUAGAUAUUAAAGAUGUAUUCCAAAGCAAAA